GGUGUGUGCAAAACUCAAGAACGUGAAAUUCGCGAUCGCGCUGCUGCCUCCGCGCGGGCAAUGGAUCUUGAUGUUGGAUGCGUGCGCGCAUGUGUGAGUGUUGGACUGCGGCAGUGGCAGUGAACCUAGAAGAGAACCUAGGGCCGCGAUCGCGACUUGAUCGCGUCCGAAAGUACGAAACCCUUUUUCUGUGCGUUUGAAGGCGACAACAAUUCGUGCAAAGGUGGAAUUUCGCGGCCGCCGAAUCGUUCGGCAGUGAUCGCCGAUUCUCAGUGACACCGUGUAUUGGUGGUGAUCGUUGGUGCGCAGUGAAGGAAUGUGAAUCAUACGGAGCUGAAUAACGAAUUCUUGUGUCCCGUAGCGAGGUGGACGUAUUUUGCAAUCGCAUCAGUUCAGUUGUCAUCGCUCGCAGUCGAUUCUUGUUGGGGCUCUGUUUUUGUUCCACAUUCUGUGUGUUAUUUUGUGCUUAUAACAUGCAUAAGCAAUAUACGGUCACCGCAUAACUGCCGGACAGGUAUCAAGUGAAGUGAAGAAGAAAACAGAAGAAGGAAAACCCAUCGAACCAUCGCAACCAAAUGAAUGUGCAGUAGCAGCAGCAGGCAGACGAUUUUAGUGGUUGGUGAUCGUCGUCGUCAUACAUGCAGUGAGUGUGGUUUGCUUCGAAUUGGUAUCGAUCAAUACCUAGGCAAAAAGCCGGGAGUGAAGGCGUUUUGUAAAUACUUGGAGUUUUCAAAGUGUGAACAGUGUGGUGGGCUACGAUCGCGGAGCGAUCGAUCGCCACAUUAGUAAGAGGUGUGAAGAAUUUUCCCAAACAAUUUGCUCGAGCGGCUAGUUCGGUGGAUGUUUACACUAAUUGGCUGAAUUGUUAGUGCAGUGAAUGGUUUCGGCCAAGUGCGGCAAGUGGAUUGUUUUGAAAAUAGCAAACACCAGGCGAGGAGAGAUAUUCGGAGAGUGGACUUAUUCAGCGAAGGCAGAUUGAAGUCGUCAACCUUGCGAGACGAAAAGUGCUAUGCUGACUUGCUGGUGCUGGUGCUGCUGCUGCCGCCGGGGAGGCCAAACAAGAUCACCCCCUUUCACCCUAACUACAUCUAAUGCAUAAUCACCGAGUCGCACAAAGUCGCGCGGAUCGUCGUGGAUCGGCCGUCGUCGUCGUGUUUGGCGGCGAAAUUUGAUUUAAUUAAGCGCCUUGCGCACGGAGCCCGUGGAAAACAAUAGUCCUCUCCCCCAUUACACGACGCCCUGUUUCUCAUCCCCAGUGUGAGGAACGGGGGAGGCAAAAGUGCAAGGGGCAACAAUUAUCACACCCCCCAACCCGCUUCGCAUUCGCAUGGGACAGGAGAGGUCCGGAAAGUGUUGUGAGAAGUGCGCGCACGCUCGCGCGACCGAGCGUCUCUUAAAGAAGUGCGAAAAAAGGUCAAACCCUGGCGCUGGAUGUGAGUAAGUGGAGUUAGGAAGAAAGCUCAGCGUGCGUGUGGGGAAAAAAUGCUCCCCUUUGUGCAAUCAACUCGAGAGUUCCCUCCGCCGCCGUGUGUAUGUGAAUAGCGCGCAUGGAGCGCUCAAAAAGUUUUUAAGGUUUUCUAAAAAAAAGUCUCAAAGAAGUAAGCAAACGCGCUGAAUGUGGAAGAAGCAGAAGAAGAAAAAGUUUGCGAAUGUGUACAGUGUGGAGUGUUAGUGUUUAGGCUUGUUCGUUACGGGAUAAGAUAUCUCGGCUUUAUACUAAACAAUGGAUCGGUUUAGUGUGAACAACAACGGAUCGACCGUUGGCGGUGGUGCGACUUCCACUUCAGGUACUCAGGUCGUCAAUAGCGGCGGCUCUGGUGUCUCUGGUAACAAUGCUGCCGCCAGUACCAACAACAGCACCAACGUCGCUAAUAAUAGCAACAACAGCGCCGCCAGCAACAACAACAACAACAACAAUGGUGUGAAGUUGCGCCCUGAUCGCGGUGGUAAUGCGUCCAUUGACUCGACGCUUUCAUCGGCCUCAUCUUCGGCGGUGUCCGGAAUUGCAUCCAGCUAUCGGCGGUCGUUUCAUCACCGGCUGGGACCGGGCAGUGCCAGUGCAACGUCCGAUUACAGCAUGUCCACCGUGGCCGAAUCGAUACAGGACGAACAGCACCCGGGCUCAAAUGGCGGCGGCGGUGGAAUCGGUACGCAAGGUGUCGGUGGCCACCAUCACCUUCACCACCCAGCGAUGGCGGCAGCUGGACCUACCGCGAAUCACAACACACCGGGACUACCGGGGAUGAUGAUGCUACCGCCACCACCGAACAACAGCAACCUAACGCAGGCCGGACUGGAGGAGUACAGCCGGUCCUACUACGAACAAACCGUCCAGAUGUACCACCACCAGAAGCAGUCGUCCUAUGCCCAAUCGGAGGGCUACCAUAGCUACGUGUCCAGUUCGGAUUCCAGCUCGACGCCGUUUCUCGAUCGAUUGCGUCAGGACAGUGAACUGCUCCUGUCUCGGAACUGGUCCCAGCAGCAGAUGUCCUCGUCCAGCAGUAGCAGCAUCGCGGACAACAACAGCUCGGAGAGCACCUCUUCGACGGAGACGCUCAAGUGGCUCGGCUCGAUGAGCGACGUUUCGGAGGCCAGCCACGCCACCAGCAUGUCCGCCCUGUCCAGUGCCGGUUCCAGCUCGCAGCUGAUUGCGCACAGUUCACGCGUCCGGACACCUCAGCGCCACAAUUCGGAAAGCAUCCUGUUCAUGACGAGUGACGAGCAGCAGCAGCAACAUUUGCUGCACCACCAGAACUUGCUCGGUGGUGGCAACAACUCCAGUCAUCCAGUGUCCACUUCGGCGUCGAUGGGAUCGCUCCAUCACCACAAUCACCAUUCGCCGCAUCUGAGCAAUGGCCUGCAACAGCAGCACCAACAGCAACAGCAACAACAAUCAAGUCCCACCAGUUCCAGCUCCGGAGGAUCACCGGUGGGCGAAGAUCUCCGGUAUCAGCACAGGACGGCGUCCAACGCUUCGCUGGCAUCCUCGAAUGGGACGGGGAGCACCCACAGCAACAGCAGCAACCAGAGCAAUUCGGUCCGAUCUAGUCGUAGCAAUAAUCGGCUGUUUCCCAUCAGCACCUACACCGAGAUUCCUAGUGGCAGCGGCGGCAGUGGCAACGGCGUCGUCGCCAACAACGUUAGCAACAGUAGCAGUAGUGUUAGCAAUAGUAUUAGCAGUAGUAGCGUAAAUCAGAGCGGUAGCCAACCGACGACACCGAGCGGGACGGUGAAUCUGGUCGAUGGAUCGAAGCAACUCAGUCCGCACAAUUGGCAAUCGGUAGCCGAGCGCAUCAACGAGCUUGAAAAGCACCAACAGCAGAGUCUGUCCAUGCUCAACAACAGCAACGGCAACAGCAAUAACGCCCACACAAAUCCUUCCAAGAAUCUAAGUCAACAGCUGGCAGCGGCGGCACCACCCACGGUCACAACUCCCUCCAAACCGCUGCACCAAAAUCCCCCGAAGUAUACGUAUUUCGACCCGUCCAAAACGCAUCGGGUUUCAAACCCAUCGCUAAAAGCGUUCCAGAAAAACGCUGUGAUAUCCUACUUCGAACGACAGCAGGCCCACGCCCGCGAAAGUAACCACAACCUCUCGCGGCCGACGACCCUCAACCUGAACCAUUCGUCCGGUUCACCCCCUUCCUUAAAGUCGGCCUCGCAACGUUCCUCCAUUUCAAGUGCGUACGGAUCAUCCGGUAGCACUAUGGACCUCACCCCAUCCUCGCAAUCGCCGAUCGUCGGCAAUUAUCACCACCAUCCGAGCAUCGUUGUCCAACAGCAGCUGGACAAGAUCGCUGCCAACAAUCUCCGGAACCAGCUGGCUUCCGUCCACACGAUGAAUCUCCUGAACAAAGUUCAAUCCUCCCCGUCGCAAGUCAUUGAAUCGCAAAUGAUCAGCAACGCCACGCUGAUCCUCGGCGAUCAAACCGCCGAAGAUCACCACCAACAAGCGGAUGCCAAUGGAUCUCCACCGCCGCCACCUCCACGAUCGCGUUCGAUCGGAAUACCCGGGCUGAACAGCAGCGCCACCAUGUCAACGGCAGCCGUCGCCACGCACGCGGCCCAUCUGGCCGCCACGGUUCGAAGGACCUCUUCGGCGUCGGAAUACUCAUCUAUUCGUGACAAAAUGGUGCAACAGCGGCAGCAGCUGUCCAAGGAUCUUCUCGGACCGAUGAUCAUGGGACCGAUCAUCGCUCUGGACGACUGGGUCCCAGAAAGACCUCCCAAAAACCCCAUGCUCCGAAUACCCAGCCCAGAACUACCCCCACCGCCACCGAUGAUGAGCCCAACCGAAGACGUGAUUCUCCUAAACCAAGACGAACCGCUCCCGCCACCUCCACCGGAAAUCCUCCGACACAUUCGCCAACUCAGUGACUCCGGAGAACCCAAAUCUCAAACCACAAGCCGUCGCAACAGCUUCGCCGGUCAAACCAACAAAAAGUCCCUAUACCGAGCGUCCACCAUCGAGAACCUGUCCCCACCUCCCCCGGGAGCCCCUCCAACCCAGCUGAUCAUCCCUCCCGCCGUCCCCAGAAAACCCCAACAGCCGUCCAUGGAACCCCAAGUCAUCUACCGACGGCCGUCGUCCAGCAUGGCACAAAGCAAAUCCCAACCUCCUCCCUCCAACGUCCUUCACCAGGCUCACCGAGUCAUGGUCAACGGCAAACCCGACCAGCGACACUCACUCCCAAUGCCCCUGCAAUCCUCUCCUUCCCAUCACCACCCGCACCAACUAGUCCCACGACAAUCGGAUUCCCGCCUAUCCAUGCGUAAGCGAUCGCACAACUCGUCGCAGCAGCAGCAGAUUCCGGUGGCGGAGUAUCUGCUGAAAGCGGCUGCCGCCGUGGCCGUCGCCACGCACCAUCAAACUCAAGCCGUUCCAAUGGUUCCCGGUGGUGCGGUUAGUACUACGGCUGGGGUGAGUGGACCGGUGAUGACAUCGCCACCACCCCCGUUGAAACCCCGGAUGUCACUGCAGCAGCAACUACAACAACAGCAACAGCCGUUAUCGCCACUGCAGGAUCUCCAGAAUGGACCGCUGAUCUCCAUGGGAAGCAAAAGGAGUAAUUCCAAGGCCUCGUAUCUACCGCGGCAGCCACGCGAUAAGCUGCACUCCGAUCCGGACCAUGGCAGCUAUAAACUGACGUUGACCUCGAACGAGGACAGUAUCAACCACAACGACGUGUUCCCGGAGGAGAUCAUUUCCCCUUCGCCGCCCAAGUGCAAUCUGCCGGACGUGUUGCCCCCAGGGGUCAAGUACUCGCUCUACUCGAACAAUAACAACAAUAGCAUUAAUAAUAAUAACAACAACAACGGUGGUAGCCCCACGGGAGCCAAUGGAAAGCAGACGAUCGGUGUAGCUGGUGGAAAACCACCGAAAACGAUUCCCCACAGUGCUCCCAUAAUCUCCGCCAAUAGCCUGAAAUCGAUGUUCAAUUUCACGCCCCAGCAGCCCCAGCAAAAUCAGGUCACACCUCCGAGCGCCUCCUCGCCAGUGACCCCAUCGCCACCUCCUCCCCACACGGCCUACAAGCCAUCAUCCCCCUCGUCCGGAAGCCCCCCCAAUCAAGCUAUCAGCCCCAAAUACACUUCGCAGUCAACUUUCGAUCUGAAAAAGACGCAAAUUCUCGACUCCAAGUAUCUCUCGGAGACGAGCCCGGCCCAGAUCGGACUGCCUCCACUGCCGCCGGCAACCGAACCGAUCAAUAAUACCAAUUAUCUCAAUCAUCCGGCCAUAGGCGGAGGCUGCGGCCAGCAAACUGUAAAUAAUUGUAACGAAAAUCGGGAAAAAUCCGACUGCUCGGAAACCACCACAACCACUGGCACGAUCACCGUUGCUACUGAACCACCAGCGCCGGCAGUGGAAAACGGAGGCACCAACACCACCACCACAACCACCACCAGCUUCGAAACGAAGCUCGAUGCGUUUUCGGUUCAAGAGACCGACGAAGACUCGUCGAUCACCAGUAGCAACAACACCUCAAUCUGUGCGGAAGCAAACCAAUCGUCGCCGGUGGUUGCUUCAAUCGCGGAAGAAUCGAUCAUCACGACCAGCACCACCAGCACCGCGACCGUCGCGCUAGAACGUGUCACCAAGGAGAUCAACCUCGAUCCUCCUCCCCCCGCCGCCAAAGUAGUCCAACGGACGGAGAUCGUCCUGCGGGUGGGUGCCCCCACGUCGGAAGCAUCCUCGCAAACCGAUGACGAACCGGCUCUUACUGUUGUUGAAUCAUCGUCACUGAUCGUCGCGCGAUCACCCCCGACCACCCUCUCCAGCACCAGCAACUGCAGCAGCUCAUCGAUCGCCCUGGGCAUUGCCGAACUGGUGCUGCUAGAUCGGCACUCGGUGGGUACCUCGACAACGUCGGCGGGACCGUCACCGCCUAGCACACCGACGCAGCCAGCAAGCCCCAAAGCUUUCUUCAGCAAGGCGGCCCCGCGCAAGGUGCACCCGGAGGAAAUCGACUGUGAUAAGCUAUCGCACGAUCUGAUCAGCCAGCUGUCGCCCUCGGACAAGCUGCACACCAUACUGGCUCCCAAAACGUUCAAAUCGUCCUCCGAUUAUGUUUCUGACCUGUUCAACAUUCAAAUAGCGCCCCGACCGAUGAAGAAGGAUGCCUCGACGGCGACGCCGGAAGUCAGUCCACAGAAAAGUCCGCUGGAUAUUCUGACCACCAGUUCGACCUACUUUCAAGUGUCGGAACCGAAGGCCAAGCUGAUGACCCGCUACAGCCGCGAGAUGACGCUAAUCAAUGGCGAUUGCUGUGAUCUGACCAAGAAGAAGGAGGAGCUCGUCCAACGUCUUGGCAAAAAGUUACUAGUCCUGUCGAACGAGCAAACGAGCAUCGCCGAGGAGAGCAACGCCAACGACAUGCUCGGCAAUGACGUCGCUCUCAAGGUCGCCCAAAAGGUUCGACCGAGCGAUGCGUCCAAGUUCCGUUCCUACGUCGACGACGUCGGCUACAUCACGAUGUUGCUGUUGUCGCUUUCCGGCCGUCUGGCACGAACCGACAACGCCCUGCACUGCAUCGUGGACGACUCGCACCCGGAUAAGAAAAUCCUCGAGGCCAAGCGGGAUCGGCUGCUGGAACAGCUGGACGAAGCCAAACAGCUCAAGGACGACAUCGAUCGGCGGGGGGCGAUCAUUUCCAAGAUACUGGAAAAAUCGCUCACCAUCGAAGAGUACGCCGACUACGACUACUUCAUCAACAUGAAAGCCAAGCUGAUCGUGGACUCGCGGGAGAUCGCCGACAAGAUCAAACUCGGGGAGGAGCAGUUGGCCGCCCUCAAGGACACCCUGGUGCAGAGCGAAUGUUGACCGUUUGUUAGGGCACUCCCGGCUAGGGAUUGUAGAUAAAGUAGAUACAAACAAGUGAUUUUUUUUUUACUCAUGAAGUCGUGCGUUUCGGCUAGGAAUACACUGGAAGUAAAUCGCAGGCUUUGGCGCUCAAAAUUAUUUGAUGAAAUUUGUCAAAUUUCGACAAAAAACUUUACUGAACUUCAGUAAAGAUGUUCUACAAUCCAGAAGUCGGAGAUUUACUUCCAGUGUACACUCUAGAAUUAGACCAGUGUAGAAAUUUGAGUUUUUUUUUUGUGACCAAGAAACCCGAGUUAACUCUCUUCCGAGAGAGGUAAAACAAUAUUCGACCGGCUGUUGAGUAGAAUUUAGUAUUAAGGCGCCGGGGUCGCUGCAGUUAGAGCGACUCUCGCGCGCGCGAACAUUGUACAUUUUCUGUAAAUUAUGACAAUUAUUUUAUUGUACUGUACCUAUAGUAGUUUAAUGUUUGUUUAUUAUUUUCGUUUAUGUCGAAGUAAGUGUCUUUCGUGAAACCGUUUUGGAAACAUCAAAUCAAAGAGAAACAACCCACGCGCCACGCACGCAAUCAAUCGUUUAGGCCCCCAAAGAAUCAUCUAGAGCAGACGUGUGCGGAAUUAUUAGUUCUAGUAGUUAGUAGUGGUGCAGCCACAGACUGGACUGCUCUGUAAAAGUUACAAAUUUGCAAUUAACUUUACUCGUUUUGUUUACUUACGACACAUUUAAUCCCCCCGUUUUUCAAAGAACCUAGUACUAGUAAAACUGUGUUUGUGUAUGAUAAGGCGGAAAGUUCUUGCAUUUCAAUGUAUGAUGUUGAAAUUCAAAGAGUUUUUUUCAGUGCACCCCGAUUUUUUUUUGUUUGUGUUUUUAUUUUCUGUGCGUUUAUUUUCCAAAUUUGCACCGCAUUUCUCUACUUUUGCUCGCAUUUCAGGCUUUCUUCUCUUUCCUAAAUUAUUAGUUAUUAUGUUGUUUUGUGUGCAGUGCCUUAUGUUUUGUUCAUCCUCUAUAAGACGUGUAUUUAGCUUUUGCGUACUUGACGUCUGCAUUGUAGCCUAUAAGGUUUUAUUACGGUUUUAAUAUUCAGAAUUCAGAUUAGCAACUGCUUUUGAGCCUUGGUAAAACCACUUAAGGUACUUGGGAUGCUUCGGAUUGAAGCUUUUUGGUUUUGUAAUGGUUCAAAUGAACAGAAUAAGGUUUAAACACUGUUAUAAAACCUUCUUAAAGCCAAAUAGCUACUGUGACUAUUGUGUAAUGUUUUGUCAGUCGACUAUUUCAUUUCAUUUCAAAGUUACUUGUGUUUGUUCUUCAUUUGUCACCAUUCUUGAAAGUUUCCAUAAGGAACCGGUUAGCAGUUUGGAAUUCCAGAUGUCCAGUCCUUCAUGGUUUUCUCCAAGAGAUCGACCAGAUAUUCCACUAAAUAUUCCUCUAGAUAUUUUUCUAAAAAAAUUCUCUAACAAAUACACCAAUAGCUCUUCGGAAUGUUUCUGUAGAUAUUUUUCCAAGAAUUCUUCUAAAGAUUUCUCGAGAAAAUCUUACUUGCAUUAUUACCAAUUUUUUUCUUGAAUUCCUUUUAAAAUUCCAUCAAAAACUUCAAAAAAAUAAAUCAUGGUUUCUUCCAAAGAUUUUUUGCAAGAAUUUCUACAUAAAUACCUCUAAGAAAUCUUCUAAAGAUACUACAGUAUUAUUUCUAUUCUUAAGAUACUACAGUAUUUUUCUAGGAUUCCUCUAAGAACUUCACAAAGAAAUCGUCCUACAAGAUGUUUUCUUUAUCAUUUCUUUUAUUUUAGUUUUUUCAAGGAUUAUUCCAAUGAUUCUUUCGAAGAAUCCUCUAUAUUUAAAACAAAUCUGUUGGAAUUCCUCAGCAAUUUUCCGAAAAUUUUCAAAAAAAAUACUUCCAGAAUUUCUUUAAGAUACUUUCUGGGAUUUUCAGAAAGGCUCCUCCUGGUAUUUCUUCUAGGAACUAUAGGAACUACUUUGGUGUUUCAUUCAAGAAAACUUAAAUGGUUUUUCCAAGAAUGUUUUCAUGAACUCCUUCGCAAAUUCAUAUAAAAAAUUCUCCAAAUUUUUUUUCGUUCUUUUCUUUAUACUGUCUACCAGAAACUCCUCCAUGGGUUUUUCCAAGUACUCUUGCACAGAAAUCCCUCAAUAAUAUUUCCAAUUGCUUCCCUAGAAAUUUCUGUUUGGACAACUCCACAAACAGGAGAUCGGAUUCUACCUGCAAUCCUUCUAAAAACGAUAAGAAGACUUGGAAGAGUUCCAAGAGCAAUCCUUGAAGGAAUUCUUGGAAGAAUUUCUAGUGAAAUCCUUAGAUGAAUUUCUGAAGGAAUUCUUGGCAAAAUCUUGGGGGAAUACUUGGAAGACUUCCUGAAAAGAAGCUCAUGGAAGAUCUCUUGGAGGAAUCCUAGGAAUAAUUCCUGGAGUAAUCCUUGGAAGAAUUCAUUGAUAAAUCUUUGUAGGAAAUCCUCGUGAAAUUCUCGGAAUUCCUGGUGGAAUUCUUGGAAGAAAUCCUUGUGGAAUCCUUAGAAGAAUUUCUGAAGGAAUUCUUGAAAAAAAAUCUUUGGGAAUCUUUGAAAGACUUCCUGUAUGAACCCAUAGAAGAACUCCUAAAGGGAUCCUUGAAAGAAUUCCUAGAGUAGUCCUUGAGUAGAGUAGAUCCUAGAGUAAUAUCUAGAGAAUUCAUUGAGAAAUCCUUGGAGGAAUUCCUCGUAAAAAUCCUUGGAAUUUCUGAUGGAAUUCUUGGAAGAAGUUCUGGUGAAAUCCUUAUAAGAAUUUCUGAAGGAAUUCUUGAAAAAAAAAUCUUCAGGAAUCUUUGGAAGACUUCUUAAAUGAACCCAUGGAAGAACUCCUGGUGGAAUUCUCAAAAGAAUUCUUGAAGUGAUCCUUUGAAGAAUUCACUGAGAAAUCCUUGGAAUAAUUUCUGCAGAAAUCCUUGGAAGAAUUCAUAGAGAAAUCUUUGGAGGAAUUCCUCGUGGAAUUCUUGGAAGAAAUCCUGGUGGAAUCCUUAGAAGAAUUCAUUGAAAAAUCCUUGGAAAAAAACCUGAAGAAAUCCUUGGAAGAAUUCCUAGAGGAAUCCUUGGAGGAAUUCCUCGUAAAAAUCCUUGGAAUUUCUGGAGGAAUUCUUGGAAGAAUUUUUGGUGGAAUUCUUAUCAGAAUUCCUGGAGUAAUCCUUGGAAAAAUUCCUUCAGGAAUCUUUGGAAGACUUGUUGGGUGUACCCAUGGAAGAAAUUCUAAAGGGAUCCUUGAAAGAAUUCCUAGAGGAAUCCUUGGAGGAAUUCCUCGUAAAAAUCCUUGAAAUUUCUGAUGGAAUUCUUGGAAGAAGUUCUGGUGAAACCCUUAUAAGAAUUUCUAAAGAUAUUCUUGGUAAAAUUUCUUCAGGAAUCUUUGGAAGACUUCCAGAAUGAACCCAUGGAAGAACUCCUGGUUGAGCCCUCGAAAGAAUUCCUGAAGUGAUCUUUGGAAAAAUUUAUUGAGAAAUCUUCGGAGGAAUUUCUCGUGAAAUUCUCAGAAUUUCUGGUGGAAUUCUUGGAAGAAAUCCUCGUGGAAUCCUUAGAAGAUUGUCUGAAGGAGUCCUUGGCAGAACUCCUAGAGGAAUCCUUGGAGGAAUUGCUCGUAAAAAUCCUUGGAAUAUCCGGUGGAAUUCUUGAAAGAAUUCCUUAAGGAAUCUUUGGAAGAUCUCCUGAAUGAACCCAUGGAAGAACUUCUAAAGGGAUCUUUAAAAGAAUUUCUGUAGUAAUCCUUGGAAGAAUUCAUUGAGCAAUCUAAGAAGGAAUUCCCCGUGGAAUUCUUGAAGUUCCUGGGGAAAUUCUUGCAAGAAGUCCUGAUGGAAUCCUUGGAAGAAUUCCUAGAGGAAUCUUCGGAGGAAUUCCUCGUAAAAAUCCUAGGAAUUUCUGGUGGAAUUCUUGGAAGAAUUUCUGGCGGAAUCCUUAUAAGAAUUUCUGAAGGAAUUCUUGGAAAAAAAUCCUUGAAAGAAUUCCUGGAGUAAUCCUUGGAAGAAUUCAUUGAGCAAUCUUUGAAGGAAUUCCUCGUGAAAUUCUUGCAAGAAUUCCUGGUGGAAUCUUUAGAAGAAUUUCUGAAGGAAUCCUUGGAAGAAUUCCUAGAGGAAUCCUUGGAGGAAUUCCUCAUAAAAAUCCUUGGACUUAUUGGUAAAAUUCUUGAAAGAAUUUUUGGUGGAAUCCUUAUAAGAAUAUCUGAAGGAAUUCUUAGGAAAAUUUCUUCAGCAAUCUUAAUUAACCCAUGGAAGAACUCCUAAAGGGAUCCUUGAAAGAAUUCCUUGAGAUAUCCUUAGAAGAAAUCAUUGAGAAAUCCUUGGAAGAAUUCAUUGAAAAAUCUUUGGAGGAAUUACUCAUGAAAUUCUCGGAAUUCCUGGUGGAAUUCUUGGAAGAAAUCCUGUUGGGAUGCUUGGAAGAAUUCCUAGAGGAAUCCUUGGAGAAAUUCCUCAGAAAAAUUCUUGGAAGAAUUUCUGGUGGAAUCCUUAAAAGAAUUUCUGAAGAAAUUGUGGGAAAAAUUCAUUAGAAGAAUUCAUUAGAAGAGUAUUCAUUAGAAGAAUUCAAUGAAAAAUCUUUGAAGGAAUUCCUCGUAGAAUUCUUGAAGUUCCUGGUGAAAUUCUUGCAAGAAUUCCUGGAAUCCUUGAAAGUAUUCCUAAAGGAAUCCUUGGAGGAAUUCCUCGUAAAAAUCCUUGGAAUUUCUGGUAAAAUUCUUGGAAAAAUUUCUGUUGGAAUCCUUAUAAGAAUUUCUGAAGGAUUUCUUUGAAAAAUGUCUUCAGAAAUCUUUGGAAGACUUCCUUCCUGAAUACAUGGAAGAACUCCUACAGGGAUCCUUGAAAGAAUUCCUGGAGUAAUUCUUGGAAAAAUUCAUUGAGAAAUUUUUGAAGGAAUUCCUCGUGGAAUUCUUGGAGUUCCUGGUGAAAUUCUUAUAAGAAUUCCUGCUGGAAUCCUUGGAAGAAUUACUAAAGGAAUCCUUGGAAGUAUUCCAAGAGGAAUCCUUGGAGGAAUUCCUCGUAAAAAUCUUUAGAAUUUCUGGUGUAAUUCUUGUAAGAACUUCUGGUGGAAUUCUUGUAAGAAUUUCUGGUGGAAUUCUUGGAAGAAUUUCUGGUGAAAUCCUUAUAAGAAUUUCAGAAGAAAUUCUUGGAAAAAUUUUGUCCAGGAAUCUUUGGAAGACUUCCUGAAUGAACCCAUUGAAGAACUCCUAAAGGGAUCCUUGAAAGACUUUCUGGAGUAAUCCUUGGAAGAAUUCAUUGAGAAAUCUUUGGUGGAAUUCCUCGUGAAAUUUCCGGAAUUCCUGGUGGAAUUCUUGGAAGAAAUCCUGUUGGAAUCCUUGGAAGAAAUUCUGAAGGAAUCCUUGGAAGAAUUCCUCAUAAGAGUCCUUGGAAUUUCUGGUGGAAUUCUGGGAAGAUUCCUUAUAAGAAUUUCUGAAGGAAUUCUUGGAAAAAUUUCUCCAGGAAUCUUUGGAAGACAUCCUAAAUGAACCCAUGGAAGAACUCCUGGUGGAAUCCUCGAAAGAUUCCUGAAGUGAUCCUUGGAAGAAUUCAUUGAGAAAUCCUUGGUGGAAUUCGUGAUAGAAUUCUUGGAAGAAUUUCUGGUGCAAUCCUCAGAAACAUUUCUGCAGGUAUCCUUUUUUUUCCUCCCCUGUUGGGGAAAUUAAGCCACUGCGUCCAAUAGGCUGAACUUAUAAGUCUUCCUGAAUGAAUUCAUGGAUGAACUUCUGCAGGAAUCCUUAGAAGACUUCCUGGAAUAAUCCUGAAGAAUUUAUAAAAAAAAAUCCAUGGAAGAAUAUUUGAAUGAAUCCUUGGAGGACUUUCUAAAGGAAUCCUGGAGAAAACUCCUGGAGUAAUUCUUGAAAGAAUUAAUUGAGAAAAUUGUCUGAAGGAAUCCUUGGAAAAAUUCCCGGAAGAAUCGUGGAGAAAGUUCCUUAAGAAACCAAUGGAAGAACUCCUGGAGGAACCCUUAGAAAAUUUUCUGGAGCAAUUCUGCGAAAAAUUUCUGAUGAAAUCUUUGGAAGUAUUUCUUUUUGCAGGGGGAACUGUGGUCUAGAAAAUCACUGCAACUGAAUAGCUUUGCAUUUCUCUGGUGGAUUCCAAGAACACUCUCGUUAGUGACGUAGACGUUCGAUACGCAAAAGUUAAAACAUCAUUCCACCCGAAACCAAAUGUUCGAAAUUUGGUUUCACCGGUGUGUAGAAUAUAUUUUGUGAUUUGUUAUCCUAUAUAACCAAAACUCUGUCCCCUUCCAGUUCUCUUCGUGCUCGAUAGUUACUUUUCACAGAUAACUUCACAUUAAUGUAAAAAAAGAAACAAAUAGAAUCAGAUCGUAAGUCAGUCCGUCGAUUAGUCCCUACUGUAACAAAGUACGAUUGUGUGUUAGUAAAGGCAAACUUAGGUGCUUAAAUGAUUUACUUAAAGAUAGCCCACUAUUCAAACUGCUAGCAAAGGCAUCAUAUUUUACUACCCAAGCAAGGAGAGCAAAGGUGGGAAACUUUUCUUUCCUCCCCGGCUCCCCUGACGUAUGGCAACCUGCAAUAAUCGAUAAAUACCCGCAGCAGACCUUAUCCUAGAGUUACUGUUGAUUAAAUUCCUUUUUAGUUUCCUCAUCGACUAGCGCUUAGACAAUAAACUGUGUAUAGAACUUUUGCAAAGUAGAAGGUUUUCUCAAAUUUUCGCGUUUGACCCUACGACGGCCGUUUGAAAAAAAGUAUUGUGAUUUUACGGUGAAUUUUAUUACAGUGUAUCAUUUCCGUUUUAGAGUCUACGUUAGGAACCUAUCUUAAACUUAAACAAAUCUCGUAAGCCUUUACGGUCUGCUACAACAUGUGUGCAAAUAAUCAAAUUUACGAAGCAACUAGAUUCUUCCACGGUUAUCCUAACUCUAACCAUAAGUGUACGCCGUUCUCAGUGUCGCGAGAGUAGAGAAUAAAAAUUCGCUUGAAAAUUUAA